AUGUGCCCAUUCGAUCAGUCGAAGAUGUUUGCGCUGCUGGAAAGAAAAAAGCACACAAAGAUACUCAGUAUCUAUCUGCCGACACGAGAGGAUUAUCUACUAGCCGGCGUUACAGCACCGCCAUCACGGGAUACAACAAGCCGAUCAACGACACCACUUGGCAGCUCAACCACUGCCAUAAGCAGCUUGACAGGAGCCACUGCUACAUCCACAGAUCUUUCCAGCACAGCUAGUCCCCUCAUUCAUUGUACCGCAACAACAACAGGAGUGCUUGAGCCCUCUGCAAUCACCCAGGCAGCGCCAUCAGUUGCAAGCAGUCAUUUGUCGGCAGUUUCCGAGGAAGAUAACGAUGAACAGGGCAUGGUAAACAUUUUGCUAGAAUCCCCCAAACAAAGUCAUCACGACGUGAGCAUUGUUGUACACCAGUGCGUUUGA